CCAAUGGCCAAUCCCCCCAAAUUAAAGAACAAAAUAUUUCUACACGCCCCUGGAAAUAGAUCUAAGUUUUUUUUAAUGAAAAAAUCUGCGUUGAAACCAAAAAAUUGGAGUUAAAGUGGUAACACUGAUGUCAACAUUAAUCUACUCGUCACCCCUAAAAAUAAAAUGGCCACAGACAUUAAAACUAGUGGUGAUGCUGUUUUAGAUGAGGAGAUUGUUUUAUGGCUAAAGCGUGAUAAAAAUGAAAAAAGUCGCUUAGCUAUUAAAGAGCUUGUGGAGAAAGAUGACUUUGAAGCACUCAGGAAAUUGCUUUUGAGCAGAAUGGAGUUUGGAACAGCAGGUUUGCGUGCAAGAAUGGGACCUGGCAACUCUCAAAUGAAUGAUUUGACUAUUAUUCAGACAACACAGGGCUUGGCCAAGUAUCUGAAGUCGGUGCAACCUGAUGUGGACAACAUGGGUGUGGUGGUUGGCUUCGAUGGACGCCACAAUAGCUAUCUCUGGUCUAAAAUUGUGGCGACUAUCUUAGUCAAUGCUAAAAUUAAAGUUUACCUAUUCUCAAAGAUGUGCCCUACUCCCUAUGUGGCAUUUGGAGUUCGUGCAUUCAAAGCUGCUUGUGGCAUUAUGAUAACAGCCAGUCAUAAUCCGAAGGAAGAUAAUGGUUAUAAGGUGUACUGGGAUAAUGGAGCACAGAUUAUCUCCCCUCAUGACAAGGGUAUUAGUCAAGGCAUUAUGAACAGUUUGGAACCUGAAGAAGCAUCAUGGGAUAUCAAGUCAUUAGAAUCACAGAAAGAAUUAAUUUUUGACCCUUUAGAAGAAACCAUAAGACGUUACAACAGUGCUGCACUGAGUCUUUGCUACUUAAGAGAAAAAAAUCAAGAAUGUCCAGUCCCUAUUACGUACACUGCCAUGCACGGUGUUGGCUAUGAAUACGUCUUGCACAUUUUUAAAGCAUUUGGUUUUAAAGACCCAGUUCCUGUGCCAGAACAAAUAAAACCAGAUCCAGAUUUCCCAACAGUUAAAUAUCCUAAUCCUGAGGAAGGGGAAGGAGCCUUGAAACUAGCCAUGGCGACUGCCGACAAAAAUAAGAGCAAAGUUAUUCUUGCUAAUGAUCCAGAUGCUGACAGAUUAGCAGUAGCUGAAAGAACAGAGAGUGGUUGGCGGGUGUUUACUGGCAAUGAGAUUGGUACAUUCCUUGGUUGGUGGUGCUGGAACUCAUGGCGCCAAAACAAUCCCAGCGUUAAUGUGUCUGAUGUUUACAUGCUCUCAAGUACUGUCUCUUCAAAAAUCUUGGAAUCCAUUGCCAAGAAAGAAGGAUUUAACUUUAUUGAAACUUUAACUGGCUUCAAGUGGAUGGGUAAUGAAACAGACAAACUACUGAAGCAAGGAAAACAUGUCCUGUUUGCUUUUGAAGAAGCCAUUGGCUACAUGUGUGGGUCUUUUGUGAUAGACAAAGAUGGAGUGACUGCAGCAGCUGUGGUGGCUGAACUGAUCAACCAUGUGUACUCUAACAACUCAAGUCUCUCAGAGCAGCUGGACAUAAUUUACAAGACCUAUGGCUAUCAUCUGAGUCAGAAUUCUUAUUUUAUCUGCCAUGAUGCUAAAACCAUCAAUGAUAUGUUUGAAAGAUUAAGAAACUAUGGUGGCGCCAAUCAAUACCCUAAAACAUGUGGGCCUUAUGAGAUCAGCCAUGUCCGUGACUUGACUGUUGGCUAUGACAGUUCUACUCCUGAUAACAAACCUAUUCUUCCAACUAGCAAAUCAAGUCACAUGAUCACAUUCACAUUCUCCAAUGGCUGUGUGGCCACUUUGAGAACCAGUGGCACUGAGCCAAAGAUAAAGUAUUACGCUGAACACAGACCAAAUCCAGACUCUGGGCUGGGAUUUGAUCAAGUAAAAGAACAACUUUCUGACAUUGUCAGAAACAUUGAGGAGAAUUUUUACAACAUCAAGCUGUUUCCCCAGAUUAAACCCAGAGAGCUUUAAAAUGUUCACCUCAAUAUUUGUUUCCCCUGAAUAAACCCAAUCCCUUUGAAAUGUUCACCUCAAUUUUUGUUUCCCCUGAAUAAACCCAUUCCCUUUGAAAUGUUCACCUCAAUUUUUGUUUCCCAGAAUCCCUUUGAAAUGUUCACCUCAAUUUUUGUUUCCCAGAAUCCCUUUGAAAUGUUCAUUUCAAUUUUUGUUUCUCCUUAUUGAUCCAGAUAAUUUUGAUAUUAGAAAUGACGUCAAAUAAUUUCUCUUGACAGCUUUGUUGUUCAAUAACAAACUAGUUUUUUUUUUAUUUUCUUACAAUAAUAGUGCGUCAUGAUUUUCGGCAAAAUAUUAUUGUUCAAAGUUUUGUGUUCUUACCCCCAGUAGUUAAAUAUUCAUCUCAUUGUAAUAUUAAUGAUACUAAUUGAAAAUCUGUUUAAAAUAGGGAGACAUCCUCCUUUGAUUUCAACUACAUUUCCAAAUGUUUUUUUGUUGUCCGAGUGAUAUUUUUUUCUUUAUUAAACUCACAAAAGGUUUAUUCUCUUGUGCUAGUCUUGUAAGUGUUUCUGUAUUUAUAGGGAAAGAAGUGGGUAGUUGAAAGUUAAACUUUGAUUUUACUUAUUUGAUUUUUUCCUGUUUGAUUUAAAGGUUAAACUCUGAUGGUUUUGACAAUUUUUGAUAAUAUGUUUUGAUUUACAGAUAAUGUAAUAUAUUAUAAUAUAUUAUUCUUUUUUUUUUUUAUUUGCAAUAAUAACUUAGUAAUUGAUUUUUUUCCAACGCAAUUUUCCUGCGCAUCCAAAACUGUCAGACUUUCACCGGGUUUCUAUGUGACGUCACAAAUAUGUUUAAUUUAAUCUAUUGACUUCUGUGCAACGAGAGACCAUACAGCAAAGUUUACAUUCUCGUAAAAGAAAUAUAUCUUCGUCUAUGCAGUUAGAUCUAGGAUCUUGUAUGCAAAGAAAAACAUGCGUAUUAAAAGUAGAUUUACAUGCUUGACUAACCACGGCAGACCACUCAACACACAACAAACACUAACCGCUUGGUUGUCUUGUCAUGACCGACUACAUGUAGUCUCGACUAGCCUUACACUGACCAGUUUGUUUGAAUCAGUCAGACACACAAUCUAUUUACUUCUUGGGACAGGGAAAGGCUUACAUGACAAUGUUACUUUUUUUCUCGAGUUGGUUAUCCAAUGUUUUUAGAUCUAUUUAUACAAGUAUAUAUAUAUAAUAUAUAUAUAUAUAUAUAUAUAUAUAUAUAUAUAUACAUAACUGUAUUAUAGAGCUGGACUAGGCCGUCACUAAGCCUAACAGCUACUGUAAGAAUGAAGCGAUACGAUUGGUUAAAUGUAGUUUCUCUUUCAGUAUUGUUGAGGGAAGUGACAUUUGAAAUAGCUUAAAACAAAAUCUCAAAGAAUCCUGUUUUGUUUGAGAUGUCAAGAAUUUACCGACUAAUUUAUUAAACAUAAAUGUUUCUAAGUAUUUAAAUACAAAAUGGUAAAAUGUUAACUAUUACAAAUUUUCACGCAGAAUUUAAAUAUGCCAAUAACUCAAAUUUGAAAAACCUUCGGAGUUUCCCCUUUAACAAUAUAUGUUUCAACAAUCUUUGACAUUUAAUACAGGUUUCUCACUUCACUAAAUAGUCCAAUAAGUUUUGAAAUUUAGGUGGGUUUUUUUUCCCUGUAACAUUGUAAAUGAUGCAAAUUUAGAUACUUGUUAUAAUUUUAUUAAAAAUUGUUUUGAUUUGGGUGAUGCAUUGCCAUAUCAUUUAUAUCUUUUGUUCAACGAAUUUUAUGAUUUUUUAAAAUUGCAUUCUUGUUUUUUUUUUUGUUGUCUUUCCAUUCGGUAUAGAACUAUCCAUAUAUUUCUUUUUUUUUGUAACUGCAAGUUUAUACAGUUAAAUUUAUAUUUAUUUAUAUGAUAUUUAGAUGUGUUAAUGUAUGGUACGUGGUUUUUUGUCUGGCAUUUAUUUCUUGAAUUGUCUUGUUUCACUAAGAAUAUUUAUUUUCUUGUAAUAUUUAGUGGAGCUAAAGAUUUACUAUAUGCCAGGGAUAAGUACAACUUGGACAAUCAGUUUGUCAAAUAAAUGUGGCUAACAAUUUUAUUAGGCCUCCAUUUUCUUGAAUUUAUUGAGUGGCUUCUAAUACUACAUUCUUAAACUACUCUUGUGCAAUCAAGUUAUUUUAAGGUAGUUGCACCUUAAAUUACUCUUUUUGGUUUAGCCAUAAUUAAAAAAAAAACAAAUGACACAAACUACUCAAGGAUAGAUCUUGUUGUUUUUCUCCAAUGUUUUACCGAUCUUAGGCUGAUCCUUUGUAUAUGUCUAGGCUUAGAAAUAUUUAAUCGGAAACUCAUAUCAAUCAAAAUGCGGCUUUAAUCCAGAUUUAAUUGAUCCCUUGUACGUCUAGCUUUAGAAAAUACUUAUUUGAUUUAUCUGAAACUCAUUUUAAUCAAAACUUGGCUUUAAACUAGGUUUAAUACUUGUGUAUGACUAUGUGCACAUAUUUUGUAAAGGCUUGUUUAAAAUCUUUAACAAGAUUACUCUACAGGCAUUGUUUAUCAAGUUGUUGUUUUUUUUCAAAUACAUAUAUUUUUUUGUUAGUAACAUUUAUUUAAAUAAUUAUUUGGUAUUUGCCAGCUCAAAUCAUAUUUUACUAUAUUAUAUAUAAUACAGUGAUGAUUUUUUAAAAAUAUUCUUUGGCCAGAUUAAAGCUUUGGUAUUAUUUUCAAUAGUAAAUACCAUAGUUACAAGUGAUAUGCAAAGAUAUAUUUUUUAAUUAUAGUAAUAUCAUACCAUUCUGUCCGUGGUUUUAUUCCAUUCUGCUUUUGGGUAUUAAGACCUGACUAACUGAAUAGAUUUUUGAGUUUUUUUUUUUUUUUUGUUGUCAUUUCUGCCAAAAAUUGCUCUGACAUCAAUACCCUUCCAUUGAAUAGCUAGGAGUGAAUUUUUUUUUACUUACAAUGUCCUGGUUUUAAAAAGUUAGCCGUUUGCAACAAUAUUGUCCAAUUUUAUAUCUAAUCACCCCAAGCCUAUGAUGUGAAAUGAUAAUGAUACAGAUGAAAUCCAUGGUGUAAGCUUAAGGUCCAGUUGACAAAUUCUUAUCUUCUUUAAUUAAGGCUAUUAUUUAUUAGAGUAACUAGAAUAAUUAAUAUUUUUGCUAUUGCAAAUGUUUUUUUCUUUAGAAAUUUCUGAUAACAGCACCUGACAGAUUAUGUGUAAUUGGCCUUGUUGGCCAGUGAGCACACAUUUCCUAGGGGAAUGAUUAUGAAUGAACAAAAUUCCUAAUUCAACUGUUCUAAAUUAUAGAUUUCAAUGUGAACAAGACAGUUUGAUUAAAUAUGGUGGAGAAAAUCAAUCUUCAUCUGCUAUCAAUAACAGACAAUAUGGACUUUAAAGAUUAUUAUUUCAUUAAAUAUUCCCUUAUACUGACAGAAAUAAAAAAAAAAUAGACUUAGUUGGGAAGGUCCCCUUGAAAGAAUGUUGAGAACAUAGUAGCAACAAUAGUAUACCUGUAAAAAAAAAGAAAUGCAGACCACAAAUAGAUGGAUUAAUGAUGUAGAGGCAGAUCUACAUCUACUUAGAGUUUAACAUAGAGACAAAAAGCUCAGGAGUAGUAAAUAGAAGGAUGCUCAGGCCAGAGCCCAUGUAGCACUACUGGGAUGGAUGGAUGAUAUAUUCAAGAUAUUUAUUCCAGUUUCCAUGAAAGCUUGUCUGAUUAAAGAAAGUCAAGAAUAUCAAUCUUAAAUUUAAUUCACCUGCUCCCAUAUAUUCAAAUAUUUAUUUAAGUCUCCUCGUUAUUUCAAUGCUCAGGAAAACAAACACAUUUUUUUUUACAGCACCAUAUUCUCACAUUUAUUAUUGUUUCUAUAGAUAAAACAAACUAUUUAACUAUCUUUUUCCAACAAUAAUAUUCUUGAUUUGUAUCUAAACAUUUAACCAACUUUGAACUUACAAUAUUCAUCAUAAUUUCUUUAUCUCUAAAUCAAAGCUUAAUAUUACAAAAUAAAUAUAAAUGUAUUAAAA